AUGAACUCCCUCCGGUCCGCGGGAAAUUAUAUUUUCAACAAAACCAAAGGCGCCGGCCACUCGGCGAGCAAGGAGACCAAUAAAUCAAUUGCCAAAGACCCCAAUGUUCGCACCUCUACGCGUCUCAAGGCCGCUGGCGAUGCUGUCAAGAAUAAAGUCCACGAGACGAGUCAUAAUCGACAGGCGGAUGUGAACAAGCAGGCUGCGAAACAUAAUUACUAG